GUUGAAUGCAACCACCACAAGCAGUUACGAAUUGACGCCAGAGAAGAAGCCGUUACCGUCAACUGAAGAAAACUACAAUAUUGAUGAUCUGUCAUCUGGUGAUGAAACUGAUGAUGAAGAGCAACCGCGAAAAGCGAUACCUGCUUGGGCAAAACCUGAGAAUCUGCGUCGUGCACUGCGUCAGCAACGAGCUCAUCCACCGAUUGAUGUUGAGACGUUCUUCGGUGCCGUGGCAGCGCCGGAUCUGGAGAAGCUUUUCUCGAAGAGUCGAACGCGUUAUCGUCAGCGAACCUCAUCAGCGGUUUGGUCAUCACCGUUAUCGAAUCCGACCAAAGGAACAAGUAAAUACUUCGCAAUUGAAACUGCGAAUCGACGGUAA